AUGUCAGAACCUUCAAUUUUCGAAUGCAGCAUAUGCUUAACUCCUUUUAAUUCCUCAAAUCGCGCCCCUAUGUCUCUGCCCUGUGGCCACGUAUUUUGCAAAUUGUGCAUAUCCCAAUACUCCUGCACAUUUUCCGCCUGUCCAAAUGACCAAACUCCGCAUCCGCCACUGGACAAGUUACCACUCUGCUUAAAUAUUUUACACAAUCUCCCAAAACCUCUAAUAAAAGUUACAUGCUGUACAGCCCACCCCAGAAGGCAAAUAAAAUAUAAAUGCAGAGUUCACAAUACAUGUCUGUGUUCUGAAUGCGUCCUUUUGCAUGCAGGACCUGGACAUGAGUUACUGCUAUUUAAAGUAAAUACAGAAAAACUGAGAGAAGAUAUAAAAGAGCUAGCGGAUACGACAGAUAGUGUGGCAAAGGACGCAGAAAAAGCAUUGCAAGAAUAUGUAGUUAUGAGUAAAAAAUUGUCAAGUUUUUAUGAAAAUCAGAUUUCUAGAGUAAAUUCUGCUUUUGAGGUUGCGAUUAGACAGAUUGUAAGCAGACAAAAAGAGCUGGUUGAAGGGUUAAGGAAACAUUUGAGAGACCAGCAAAACGCUUUGGAUAUGAAAAAAAAUAAAUGCAGCAUGAGCUUGGAAAAAGCUAAAGGCUGGAGUACAAAACUGCAUAAUUUAUCAAAAGAUUUAGGAGAUAUGACUUAUGAUGAGUUUUCUAAAUAUAUUUCAGAAACUUAUAGUGAGCUAUCAACUAUUUCCCCGACUAAAAACCAAGAAGAUUUGAAGCUGUAUGUAUUCAAUGAUUUGAUAAAUUUAGGAGAGCUGGGGAAUUUAUCGAUAUUUAAAGAAAUGAAAGAAAUUAAAGAAAUGAAUUAUUUUUUUCUAAUUAUUAUACUAUAUUCCUAAUAUCUCUCAAUUAGAUUCAAGGUAAAAUUAUAGCCACUAUUAAUUUAAUUGUGUGAAUAAUUAAUUUUUUUAUAUAAAAAUUCAUAAUAUAUUUUGAAAACAAAAUGAAUUGGACAUGCUCAAGAUGCACCCUGGAAAAUCCAGAAUCUGAAUCAUAUUGCAAUGCCUGCUUAUCUGCAAGAUCAUCAGCAGCAGCUACAACUACUGCGACAGGAGCAACAACUUUGGGAGGAGAAAAUGACUCAUGAAGAUGUUUAACCUGCAAUAAAUGAAAUCCAGGCAAUAAUAAAUGCUGCUCAACAGGCUGCGACAAAAAUCAGCCUGACUUCGCCAAAAGUGUAGGAACUGGAAACCAAAAGCACUCUCCUCAAGAUAAAUUUAAACUGAGGGUGAAAAAUGUGAAUAGACCAAGAGGGAAAGCUAGGGUAAUUGAUAUUUAGACUCAUAAAAGGAAUUCAAGCUUUUAA